AUGUACUAUGGAAACUUAUGGCAAAUCAUUCCAUCAUCGGCAAAUAAUUCGAAGAAAAGAAGAGGCAGACCAAGUGAGGGACCCUAUAUAUGUAUGAAAUGUGGAAAAUUAUUUAAUUUAAAAGUUCUAUUCAAGGAACAUCAAAGAAAAGAAUGUAAAAAUGUGCUUUCAUCUUCUAAUGGUAAAAAGAAAAAUAAUGCAAAAUCACGAAAAUUGAAGAAAACAUCGGAAAAAAUUUAUAAAAUUAUUCAAAAACCACAAAUUAAUGUAGAAGAAAUAAUUUUACCAGCAUCACCGUCUAAUGUUAUAAAUUCUGGGGAGAAAAAAUUUUCAUGUCCCACGUGUAAUCGAAGCUAUGUUAAUUAUCGUGAUUUAGUUCGUCAUCAACGUUAUAUUUGCGAAAAAGAACCACAAUUUGCUUGUACUUAUUGUGAUCGUCGAUUUUAUCAUAGAUAUCGUUUACAUCAUCAUUUAAUAAGCUUACAUCCAGGUCACUUGAGCUAAAAAAAAAACCACGAUUCAAAAAACAAGUGAAUAUUACGAAUAAAUAAAAAAAAAAAAAUUUUUUUUAUUUAAAAGACAUUUUUUGAACAUGUCGAUUUUUUUUUAAAUUUUUGAAAUAUUUAUAAUACUGUUUCGUGGAACAUUUUCAAUAAGUUAAAUUACUCAUUGAGAGUUUUUAUAUUUGUUACAAAAAAAAUUUAUUAUAAUAUAUUAUACAAUAUAUAAGUAGUACCCAUAUAAUAUAAAAUCGUUGUCAAUAAACUACUGCUGUAAGUUAUAGAAAAUGUAUUUCUAAGUCACUAAAAAAUACACCGAAAAAAUUAUUUUAUUUUUACUUCCACUUUGACUUUGAUUUUC